GCAACACACAUCAAAGUUGCUGGUGAACGCAGCAGGCCAGGCAGCAUCUGUAGGAAGAGGUGCAGUUGACGUUUCAGGCCAAGACCCUUCGUCAGGACUAACUGAAGGACUAACAUUGCAACUACACCUACUACAAUGAUGACUGACAUGCUUGAUAACCACCGAGAGAGUUGGGACUCUCUAGUCUGUGCAGUGGACAAGUAUCGUCAGCAAACGGGCAAUGAUGUUGCCCUGUUGACUGCUUACCGGCCGAAGCUGCAAUCGAACCUUGCCUAUGUGGUCCAUGGCACUGGGACCCUCUCAGACGCCACCAAGCACUACCUGGACGAUAUUGCUGUUUUCCACAAGACCUCUACCUACACCAGCUGUACCAUCCCCGAGCGUGGCAAUGCAAAAGACACAAAGGAGGAUGAAAGCAGUGCUGAGGACUCCUUCUCCAAGAGCUACCCGUCCAUCUAUGGCAAGGGGAGCUUAUCGUCUGACAGUCAGAGCUCAACAAAACUGAGACCAGCGACGGAAUGUGACUCUGGAGCUGCAGAGACUGACGAGAGAACAGCCUCUGAAAGUGAAAGGGAAGUGGACAGAUGUAAUUUGGAUGACCCUUCAGCCAUCUUCACAAUGGAUGAAGAGUCAACCAGUCAGGAUUGUGAGCCUUUCUUUGAAUCUGAUUUGGAUGGCGAGAGCACAGAUGAUGGCAGUUUGAGUGAAGAGCUUCCUAUUCGUCCACAAACUCUUUCUCAAACAAAGUGUCAUCAAUAUGCCAAGUCCUUGCCCGUGUCAGUUCCCAUCUGGGGAUUCAAAGAUCUGAAGCCAAAGAAGUUCGCUGAUGGAGAUAACGAUGAACGGUUGCCUUCGCCAGACCUGGACAAGAUCGCUGCCAGCAUGAAAGCCCUGGCCAUGAGCGUAACAGACGGCACUGAGAUGUUCGGUGAUCUGCCGCGGCCCCGACUCAACACCGGUGAUUUUCAGAAGCCCUAUCGGAAGUAUUAAAUGCACUUUUCAACCCCUGCCUGCCCUUUCUGCCCCGCAACCCAAAAAUACCUUUUCCUCCCAGAGCCCCCGUCACUCAACACUACAGAGAUACUUUCUAGAAAGGAAAGAGCUUAUUGGCCAGAAACUCAUGGUAAUCCUGGCACUACAUGUAGCAUUUAAGGUUGUGUAUGAGUUGAUUCCGUAAUUUUUCUGGCUGAAGGAAAAGUAUAAACUUUAUAGUAUAUUUUUCUGGUUAAAGCAUUGUAUGAAGCAGAGUUGCUCAAAUCUGCUUUUUGACGUCUAACUUGUUCUUGUAUGUCUGUUUGUGUUUUCACUGUUUUUAAACAGUGUAACUGGGUUUCUUUGUUGUGCGUGAGCAGGAAUCUAACAGCAGGGGCAAGAGGUCAAAGCAACAACUUAAGGGAAUUUAUUUGAAACCUUGCUCGUCCAUCCUACACAAGGCCAGAACUGUAAACCCUUGUCCAUUCCCAUUCUGAGGGGGAGAUGAAAUCCAUUUGGAGUAUCGAGCACCCAUUAUACAGCUGUCCUCCCUCUGCCGUUCACCCCUCCGUACCAUACCGAUGAAUGCAUUGGAGCAAUCUGAAAUGGUAGAAACUGAGUACCAACCGAGAAUAAAACCCACUCUGUUUUGAGGCAUUGAAGCUACAUUUUAAGAAUCUAGUCACUUCCAGAAGAAAUGGCUUUUAAGUUUGGUCUUUUAAACUGCAUGACCCUGCCCCCCCCCCACCCAAAGAGCCCUUAACUCAAUCAACUUUGGUAAUGAGAAGCAUUUGCCAUUUGCUAUGACAUUGAUGCUGACCUGUUUGCUGCUUCAUCUAAUAAGUAAACGUUCCUGGUGUCCGGCUUUCCUGAUUUUUUACUUUUCAUUGUUCCUUGCCUCUUUUUUUGUGGAAUCUGUCAAUGGUAUCGUCUUCAGGUGACCCACUAAACCACUGCAGUAUACAAUGAGUUAUUACAUGGGUUCAUCACUGGCCUCAUUCUCCCUUAUCGGUUCAGUGUCACUAUGGUGAAUACACGUGGUCACCCAAGUCCACUUGAGAGAUGUGGAGCACUUCUGCCCAGGCCUCUGCAGUAUAGUCCCAUGAGGUUUCAGUCCUUGUGAUUAUACACUUGGAGUCAAGACAUCUGCAGCAUUGGAUAGGUAUGUUGCACACUUUUAUGCUGAGUUGGAAUGAUAUAUUUUAUGACCUUUAACCAUUGACUUUCUUGUGUAUGGUGAUGCUGUCAGCUCAGAGAUACUUGUACAACAGUACUUGUCAAGACAGCUGGCUUACUUGCCAGUGCCAACAUAGUGUGGCUGAGAGUCAUCAAAAGCACCAUGAAGGGCUUGUCCCAGCUUGCCUGAGAUUCUCCCAUUGCACAAGUUGGCAUGGGAACUGAAUGUUGCCCAUUUGUAUUUUUUACCACCUCCCUCCCUCGCCUCUUUUCACACAACCCCAGAUCCCUCCAGCAAUCAUCACAGCCUAGCCUUGUUUUUAAAUAAAUCUGUUGGCUCUAGCUAAAGAAAUGCCUUGCAAUGCAAAUUUUUGAAUUUGAUUUCCCCUUCUGUUUACCUAACUUGACUGACCUCACAGUGUGUUGCAACCACCUGUUUAUAAACCUAAGUGGUUUGUCUGAUGCCUUUUAGUGGUUUGGAAGCUGCUCUGUGGUUUUUUUCCCCUUUUGCUUGAAUCGUUAAGACUUGCAACAGUUCUCUGUGCAGGCUCACAUCAGUGAAGUUUGCAAACUAUUGACUUGGUUUUGCACCCCAGCCCUCGCAUCCUGUUGCUGCCCCUGUUUUCAACAAAACCUGCCUUGUUGGUUGACCUACUGAGGGGUUAAAAAUGCCUUGGCUCUCAGAUUGAAGCAUUUGGUGGUGGAAGAAUAACAAAUGUGAUCUCUCUGUUGUUAAGUUGUAGUAACAGAAUGCAUAGGGCAUUGUCAGGGAGGUGGAUCCUUUGUCCUCAUUGUGCGGCUUGCAACUAAAGAAUGAAGAAGCACCAGCAAACUUCUCCCUGAAAGGUCAGUGUUUUUGCAGUCCCGGCCCAGUCAGUGAGAUUUUUCACUGUUCUUUCACGUUAUCAAUUCAUUCCACAGUCAUUCAUCUCCCUGACAUCUGAUAGACACUUCCCAUAGACUGGGCAGCCAGAGAUGUGUGCACAACCAUUUCUGAAUUUGAAUGGAGCCCUUGUUGCGCAUGAAUGCACCAUUGAUAUGUGUGGUAAUGACUCUCUAUGGCUGACCCUGAAUUUCAGUUUGGAUACCAGCUCCAAGUUGAGAGAGCAUCCAAUUCCGGCAAUAUUUGUCUUGCUGUAUCUAUUCAUUCUCAGCUGCUUGUCUGUGUUCAAUCUGAAGCCUUUAGCCUGGGGGGGCUCAGUUGGAAGGGGGUUGCUGAGCAUGGAAGGUUGUGAUUUUUCCUUGCAGUUCAUAUUCAGGACAUCAGCACAUCAGCCACAGUGGUCACAGUUGUAAUCCAAGUGAAUGGGAAUGUUUAAACUAUCACUAACAGAUCUCUCGGCCAUGCCCUGAUUAGGAAGAAGUGUUUCUGAAAGACUGACCCUACUACACAUAUUGGGGCAGAGACACUUCGGUUCGGCUGGCACACCAUGAUGCUCCCCAGCUUGCUGCCACCCAGUCAGAUUUCAGUGACCUCUCUGAAGUGAUGCCUUGGUGCUGGUGAUUGGGCUUGCGUUAACUCAGCAUUGAUUGGUGCAUGUGACACUUUGCAGUCAUGCAACUUGUUGCAACUUUAUUUUUAUACACUAUUUCUUGCCCUCUCUCUCUUCCUCCCAUCCCGGUGCAACUUUGCCUUUUGCAGCCUUCCAAUUGCACUCGAUGGCCAGAGUCUAUCCAUAAUUUCUUCCACAACAACCUGUGACUGUGGUUGGCUCCAUCUGGCUAUGAAUUAGGAUAGGGAGCAGUUGUGUAGUUUCCUUUGAGCUAAACACGGGGGGUGGGAACGGUUUAUGUGGUUGUAUAGUGGCUUGAGCAGAAGGGAAGGAAACCACUGUGGGACUAGAACAGGUGGACUUGCUCCACAGCUGAUGUGAUUACUUUGAAACCCAGUUUUUGUUUAAAAGCUGUGCAAAAUACUCUCGCAAAAUUAUGUAAAGUACUCUUGCAAAAAUCUGUUUUGGGUAAAAUUUUAUGUAAUGUUUAAAACAAUGCCUGAAUGCUAUUUUUUUUUUUUAAUUGGCUGUUUUAAGCACCUAGAAGAAAAAGCCCUUUCCCGCUCAUUUCUGAGUGGAGUGGGGAAAGAUUUGGGCAGGCACCUAAAUGCUCUGAUUUGUGUAAGGAGCUUACUCAGUACAAUCAAUGCUUGCUUUUUUCAAAUGGCAAUGUAUUUAAAAACAAGUCUCCAGCAAAUUUCUGUUGGGGAAAAAUCAAAUUUAACUAUGCUCAAUUUCCACCUGCCCCUCUUUAUUUCUGCAGUCCUAACUCCAACCGACCAGUCUAUCACUUAAGAGUAGGAGUGAAGGAAUCCUCUCACUUUGCCCUUGUAAAGGUGGGUGGGCAGAAAGUAAGCUGGUAAGGUGCAGAAUGUAUUACUUUCAAUUUCCUGCCCGCAUCUCCCCCUACAAACCAAAUUGAGCUGUGGGCCCAGAAUUAAGGCAGUGAAUGGCGAGUUUCUAUAGAGAACCCAGCCCUAUGGUGCUGUAUAAUUUUACAAAGCACUGUUCAUAACCCUCCCUGAUUAUUACUGAGUUUCAUUCUUGCUAGGCUAGGUUGUCGUUCAGUUACUACCAUAUUUUCAUCAGCUGACCAAUUUUUUUUUUGCUUUAAAUGUGUUAUGUUUUUAACAAAACUGAGGUAAACAAGGAUGGGAGCACAUGGUAUGCAUUUCAUCUUUAUUUAGACUGUUUCCACUGAGUCAUUUUGAAGGACUUCUGUUGAGGAAUGAGAUACUGCAUCCUUUUUAGGAUUGCUACUUUUCCAAAGCCGCCUUGUUGUUGAUUAGACUCUAUCUGGAUAUGCUGUCCCUACUGUCCCCAUCUCUAUAGCUGUUCAGGAGGACUUCUUUUAAAAAGAAAAACUAGACAUCAAAUUAAGUUGAGACUGAAGGAUGCUGCAGUUUCUGCUGCUGAGCAAAAGUUCUGCCAUGGGAGGCGCACUCGCAGUGAAACUCCGCAUCUUCAGAGGUGUCCAAGUAAACCUGUUGCUUUUGAAGAUGUUUGAUUAACUAAGAAGAUAAUUGCUGCUGGAAAUGUGAACAGAAAAUGGUGAGAAACUGACCAGAGAAUAUGGCUAAUUUUUUAAAAAAGAAUAAAGUCAAGUGAUUAUUACAGAUGUGUCUUG